CCCCCUGCCAAGCACCCCAGGGUGUCUCCCUGCACCCUUCAGUGCCCCCCAGGGUGGUCCCCUGACCUUCGGGGUGCCUCUUGCACCCCGAGGUGCCCCCCAAGGUGUCUCCCUGCCCCCAUAUGUCCCUGCACCCCCUGCCCGAGCACCCCUCCAUAUCCCCCUGCCCUCCAGGGUGCCCCCUGCACCCCUCAGUGCCCCCGGGGGUGCACCCUCACUUCCCGGGGCCAUCACCAGGCCCCACGGUCUCCCGUGCCCUGGGUGCACCCCAAGGCCAUAUAGCCCCGUGUCCCCGCAGCCCCUGCACCCCAAGACCCCUCCCUGGGCACCACAGGGCUAUUUUUGGGCUGUGGCGUGGCCACCAUCCAGCAGUGCCGGGAGGGGGGGGGGCGGGCCCAUGUCACGGGGGCAGCCAGGCCUCGGCAGCGCUCUCAUUCCAGCCGGCGCUCAGGGAGCAGCGGCAAGGCACCCCAGCUUAGGGACGGGGAGAGGUAAAGCCUCCUCCCGGGGACGGGGGCUCCCCGGGGUGCCCACGGAGGGGACGCCCUGUUGCGAGGGACGCUCAUUCCCGGGGGGACACCCAGUCCUGGGGGAUGCCCCCACCCCUGUUGUCCUGGGGGGAUGCUCCUUGGCAGGGGACACCCCACCCCAGGGGACACCCACCCCACCCAGCCCGCGGUGUCAGGGGUAAGGGGUGCUUUGGGGGCAGCCUCAUGCUGCACGGCUCAUAACCUAAAAAUAGGCUGCAGCUCGCAGGCCCCAGGGGACAGGAUUCAUCCUCCCCGCAGUGGGUACGGUGCCUGCGCAAAGCGGUGCCCCCUGGGCGCAGGGGGGGAAGCGGGGUGCAGGGAAGGGGGGGGGGGCCCCGCUCUCUGUCCCACAGAUGGCCGGCGGCAUUUUCUCACCGCUGGGGAGCUGCUCGGAGCUGGAGAAGGCCAACUGUCACCCGCUGGUCUGCCUGCUCUGCCAUGAGCCCUACCAGCACCCCUGCCUGCUCGACUGCUACCACAACUUCUGCGCCAGCUGCCUGCGGGGUCGCGCCAGCGAUGGCCGCCUACGCUGCCCGCUCUGCGGGCACCCCUCGGUGGUGAGGGGGGGCACGGGGUUGCCCCCCGUGGACCGGCUCCUGCAGUUCCUGGUGGACAGCUCGGCUGACAGCGAGGAGGACGUGCAGUGCGCCAACUGCGACCGGCGCUGCGCCAAGGCGGAGCUGGACACCAUGUGCUUCUGCAACACCUGCGGGCAGCCCCUCUGCGCCCCGUGCCGUGAGGAGACCCACCGCGCCAAGAUGUUCACCCGCCACGAGAUCGUCUCCCUCUCCAAACGCACCAAAGACAUCCACAAGAAGUGCCCACUGCACGAGGAGCCCUACAUCAUGUUCUCCACCGAGAAGAAGUCCAUGCUCUGCAUCAACUGCUUCAGGGACAUGCAGGGGGAGAGCCGGGCGCACUGCAUCGACAUCGAGACGGCGUACAUGCAGGGCUGCCAGCGGCUGGACCAGGCGGUGAUGGCUGUGAAGGAGCUGCAGACCUCCACGCGCGAGGCCAUCGUCCUCCUCAAGGCCAUGAUCGAGGAGGUGCGCAACAGCGCCAGCGAGGAGGAGGCAGCCAUCAACUCCCUCUUCGGCCGCAUGCAGGAGCAGCUCUCUGAGAGGAAGAAAACACUCCUGAAAGCUGUGCAGAGCCAGCACGAGGAGAAGGAGAAGGCGUUCAAGGAGCAGCUUGCCCACCUCGCUUCCCUGUUGCCUACCCUGCAGGUCCACCUGGUAACCUGCUCGGCCUUCCUGAGCUCCGCCAACAAAGCCGAGUUCCUGGACCUGGGCUAUCAACUGAUGGAGAGGCUGCAGAGGAUCGUCAAGCUGCCACACCGCCUGCGACCGGCCCAGACCAGCAAGAUCAACAGCGAGUACCGGGCAGAGUUUGCCCGCUGCCUGGAGCCCCUGCUGAUGCUCAGCCCCCGUCGCUCCGUGGUGGGCAGUGCCGGCGGCAUUGGUCCUGGCAUCACCGGCACAAACAUGCUCCCCGGCGGCCAAUGCUCCAAGACGCUGAUGGUGCCCAGCAGCCCCCCCGCCGGCGAUAAAAUGUCCACCGGCCCCAUGGUGCGGAAGCCGACGAUGCACCGGUACAUCAGCACCAAGGUCCUGCUGGCCGAGGGGCGCGAGACCCCCUUCGCCGAGCACUGCCGCAGCUACGAGAACACCUACCGGAUGCUGCAGCUGGAGAUCCAGGGCCUGAAGGACCAGGUGCAGGAGCUGCACCGUGACCUCACCAAGCACCACUCGCUCAUCAAGACGGAGAUCAUGAGCGAGAUCCUGCAGAAGUCCCUGCAGAUGGAUGUGCAGAUCGCGGCCCACUACUCCGCCGUGGAGAUGAUGCGCAGCGUCUUCGAGGAGGUCUGGGAGGAGACGUACCAGCGGGUGGCAAACGAGCAGGAGAUCUAUGAAGCCCAGCUCCACGACCUGCUGCAGCUGCGGCAGGAGAACAGCUGCCUGACCACCAUCACCAAGCAGAUCGCGCCCUACGUCCGCUCCAUCGCCAAGGUGAAGGAGCGUCUGGAGCCCAGGCUGCAGGAGCCCCGGGAGCCCAAGGAGGAACAGGCACGGGUGCUGCUCAAGAUCUGCGAUGACAGCGAAGCAGCACCAAGGGAGGCCUCGCCUGGCAGCAAGGAAGGGGCUCCGGCCAGCCCCGGGGAGGGCUGCGUGCCCAGCAGCACCCCCAGAGACCCCUCCCCGAAAAGCAAAGACUGCUGCAGGGGCCAGCAGAAAAGCGAGGCCGAGAGCACUGCCCAGAAGGAGCUCGCACCGUAGAGCCCGAUGCCGAGCAAGCGCACAGACCCGCUUGGUGCUCAGUGCCCAAAAGCCACGUCCCCAUUCUCAACCAGCUCCUCUCGCCUUGUGCCACGAGCGAAGGCAAGAAAACAGCCCAGUAACGCGGUGUCUGCAGCGUAUGGAGAGCUUGCCUCAGGGCAGCUUUGUUCAUCUGAAAAAACAGUUGUCUUUAUACUCUCCCUCUCGUGUGUUAGAAGUGAAAUAAAAGGGCACAAGUGUA